ACAAAGCAGCGUGACGCACAGCGGAGGUAUCAGGAACAAUUCCUCCACAGGUCCUCUGCAUCUAUACGGUGUAGCCCACCAGGUCUCCUCUACGAUGAUACCACCCAAGGGUGCUGCUCUGUGAUGUCACUAUGCUGCACCCAUGGACUUGAAAGUUAUCUCACGCAACGCAUCUGUUUGUUGUUAUGGGAUGAAAACGACACGUACUCUUGCGACUUUUUGUAGCGCUCGUGAUCUGCUUGUGUGUUGUGAAGUGACGAGAAAGGCACGUUGGUGCUGCGUGGCCACCUCGUGGUGCUGAAGACUCACUGAAUCAGGGACAAAUGCAGUAUAACUGCCUCGUGCGCUCCGCUGCUGCUGGCCAUUUCUACUCUCACCACGACUGGAGAGGGACCCAGAUAGAUGCUCUUCUUGAAAAGGGAAUAUUUUGACUUUUAAAUAUAGGUAUUCAGUUACUUGCAACCACCAUGAACCACUGUAUUUUUUUAGACAUUGUAAAUGUUCUGUUAGUACUUCGGUUUUAAUUUUUAACACUUUUUUAACACUGACUGACAUUGUUCACAAAUGUCCACAGUGUCCCUCAAAGCUUUGAAAACCAUGGAUGGCUAAGAUGUUUUCAAGGAAACUUUGUAAUAUACAUUUGAGUCUGUCGAUGCUGCAGGUGACUUCUGCCACAUCUGCAUGAGUUUUCAUCCGUGGCGCGCGCAGGAGAGGAAAUAACCGGAGCGAUGGAAAGUCUUUACAAUGACAGCGAACUGUGGCAGAUAAAUGAAACAUGGCGAAACUCUUCUUUGUCUAACGGUACCGGUUCCUUAAACCAAACGAACCCUCUGAAAAGAAACGAGGAGGUGGCCAAAGUGGAGGUGACGGUGCUCGCGCUGGUUCUGUUCCUUGCGCUUGCUGGUAACCUGUGCGUUUUGCUGGCUAUCCACAGUGCCAAGCACAGCCAGUCGCGCAUGUACUACUUCAUGAAGCACCUGAGCAUCGCAGAUCUGGUGGUUGCCGUGUUCCAGGUCCUGCCGCAGCUUAUUUGGGAUAUCACGUUCCGCUUCUAUGGGCCAGACCUUGUCUGCCGGCUGGUCAAGUACCUGCAGGUGGUCGGGAUGUUCGCCUCCACAUACAUGCUCGUGCUUAUGUCCAUUGACCGCUGCCUGGCCAUCUGUCAGCCCCUGCGCUCUCUGCACCGCGGCAAGGACCGCAUCUAUGUCAUCUGCUCGUGGGUCAUGAGCCUGGUCUUCAGCGUACCCCAAAUGUUCAUCUUCUCCCUCCGAGAAGUGGGCACCCCCGGCUCCGGGGUUUAUGACUGCUGGGGGGACUUUGUGAAGCCAUGGGGCGCCAAAGCGUACAUCACAUGGAUCAGUCUGACCAUCUACAUCAUCCCCGUGGCCAUCCUAAGUCUGUGUUAUGGACUCAUCAGCUUCAAAAUCUGGCAAAAUUUUAAGCUGAAAACAAGGCGCGAACAGUGUAUCAGUCUCACACCCAAGACCUCCAAGGGCAACACACUUGCGCGCGUGAGCAGUGUCCGACUCAUCUCCAAAGCCAAGAUCACCACUGUGAAGAUGACGUUCGUAAUAGUGUUGGCGUACAUCGUGUGUUGGACCCCCUUCUUCUCUGUCCAAAUGUGGUCUGCGUGGGACCCCGCUGCGCCCAGAGAAGCAAUGCCAUUCAUUAUUUCCAUGCUGCUGGCCAGUCUGAACAGCUGCUGUAACCCCUGGAUCUACAUGUGCUUCGCGGGGCACUUGUUCCAGGACCUGAGGCAGAGCUUCCCCUGCUGCUCCCAACGCUACUUCAAGUCCUCCCAGUACCACUGUGAUCGUGACUUCAGCUCCAGCCAUAAGAGCAACUCCUCUACCUUUGUCAUCAAGAGCACCAACAGCCAGCGCAGCAUCACACAGACCUCCUCCACAUAGACCAACCUCCUCACAGACACUCAUUUGUAAAUUACCCAUGAUGCCUCUGGACACUGGGACCAGGAAGUGAAGAGUACUUGAGGUCCAUUUUACAAAUGUUUUGCUUUUUGAAAAGACAGUGUUGAUAAAAGUGAUCUAAAACUGUGUUCAAAUAUGGGUGCAUUCAAAUUCACACUGCAACACUAGGACUAGAUUGGACUAGACCAGAUGAGGAAUAAAUCAGGACUAAACUAGGACUUGACCAGGACUAAACUAUGACUAAACCAGGACUAAACUAGGACUAAAACCAGACUAAACCAGGACUAAACUAGGACUAAAACCAGACUAAACCAGGACUAAAUUAGGACUAGAAACAGCCUAAACAAGGACUAAACCAGAAC